ACUGAUUAAAACAAUUAUCAAACCAAUCCUUCCACUUUCAAAAGUAAGUCUUAAAUAAAGAAUGAGCUAAACAAUCAAUACAUUAGUAAUGCUUUCUGCUCCUUAUCGUACUAAAAACAAUAAAUUACUACUAACUUGAAAUCUUAGUAUAUUUUGAUGAAAACUGCUCAGCAGAGACUAAGUAGAGCGUCGUUAAAACUAUAACAUAAUUGCAAAAUGGUGUGUUUAGAAUGAUUCAGUAAAGGUGGCCGCGAUGUGGGAAAAGACGAUUUUAUGUAAUACUAGCAAAUCUUUUCGUAUAUAUAGUCGUUUUGUGCACAGUAAUCGACGCGGCCUCUCUGCGAUUAGAUCGAAUAUUCACGAGGAAUUAGGCAACGAUGAUAAUAAAAUAAGACCUUUGAAAUAUCGCAGCCAAUUGCGAGAUGCUAGACGAAUUGUUGUUAAACUUGGAUCAGCUGUUGUGACUAGAAAGGAUCAAUCAGGAGUGGCGCUAGGAAGAUUGGCAUCCAUUGUAGAACAGAUUUCUCAAUUGCAAAAUGAGGGAAAAGAAAUGCUUAUGGUUACAAGUGGAGCUGUGGCUUUUGGAAAACAAAGGUUGAAUGCUGAAAUGCGAAUGUCCAUGUCAAUGCGAGAAACGCUUGCACAAAAAGAAUCUGGUUUUCAGGGAAUCGUGAGGCCAGAACCUCGAGCUGCUGCAGCGGUGGGGCAAUCAGGUCUCAUGGCUCUAUAUGACGUAAUGUUUGCACAGUAUGGAGUACAUAUAGCUCAAGUCCUUGUCACUAAACCUGACUUUUAUAAUCCUGACAGUCGUUUUAACUUGAAAAGUACUGUUUUAGAGCUUCUCGCCUUGAACAUAAUUCCGAUUGUAAACACAAAUGAUACAGUGGUAACUCCAGAUGUGGAUUAUUCAAUAGGUGUCGCAAAAUAUAACGAAAAAGGGCAAGUGAUAAACAUCAAGGACAAUGAUAGCUUAGCAGCUCAUUUAGCGGCAGAAAUGAAUGCCGAUUUAUUGGUUUUGAUGUCUGACGUAGAUGGUAUUUAUACUCUACCACCUGAUCAAGAUGGUGCUCGGUUUCUUUAUAGUUAUUGCCCUUCUCUGGAUGGCAAUAUUCAUUUUGGUGAAAAAAGCAGUGUGGGAUUAGGUGGAAUGGAAUCAAAGGUGGCUGCAGCUAGCUGGGCUCUGGAGCGAGGCAUUGCAGUUGUCAUCUGCAAUGGUAUGGACGAACAGGCUGUAAGUCGUAUUGUUCAGGGCAGACGGAUCGGAACGUUCUUCACUGACCAUAAAAACGUGACUGUUACAGUCGAAACUAAUGCUAUAAAUGCUAGGAAAGGGAGCCGGAAAUUACAAGAACUUACUGGAGAUCAACGAGCUGAAAUAAUUCUACAUUUAGCCGAACUUCUUUCAAACCGCAAAGAACAAAUUCUUGCAGCAAAUGCAAUAGAUAUACGAGAAAGUGAAGCAUCAGGUCUUGCAGCACCAUUACUUUCCAGACUUAGCUUAACACCAAGUAAACUGAACAGUUUAGCUGAUGGCCUGAAACAAAUUGCAGAAUCUUCUCACAAAGUUGUUGGUAGGUUGUUGAAAAAAACUCAAAUUGCAGAGGGCAUGGAACUUCGUCAAAUUACCGUUCCAAUUGGAGUACUCCUCGUCAUAUUUGAAAGUAGACCAGACUGCUUGCCUCAAGUAGCAGCUUUAGCAAUUAGUUCAGCAAAUGGAUUACUCUUAAAAGGAGGAAAAGAAGCAAGCCACACAAAUUCAUAUUUAAUGAAAUUAGUUGGUGAAGCCUUAGCUAUCCAUGAUGUAUCUGAGGCAAUUUCACUGGUAGGAACUCGUGAAGACGUCUCAGAACUUCUACAAAUGGAAAAUUACAUAGAUUUAGUGAUACCUCGAGGUUCCUCUACGUUGGUAAAAGAUAUUCAGAGACAAAGUAAAGGCAUUCCAGUUCUUGGUCACAGCGAAGGUGUAUGUCAUGUAUAUGUUGAUGAAAUGGCCGAUAAGGCAAAAGCAAUUAAAAUAAUUAGGGACUCAAAAUGUGACUACCCUUCAGCUUGCAACGCACUAGAAACUAUUUUACUCCAUCGCACUCAUUUAGAAAACGACUUCUUUUUUGAAAUUUGCAAUGCGUUGAAGAAAGAAAACGUGACACUCUAUGCUGGACCUCGAUUACAUAAUCAAUUGACAUUUGGUCCUCCACCAGCUAAAUCCAUGAAACUAGAGUACGGUACGUUAGAAUGUGGAAUUGAAAUAGUUGAUAGUGUGGAAUCAGCAAUAAGCCAUAUUAACACUUAUGGAAGUGGACACACAGACGUCAUAGUAACAGAAGAUGAAAAUAAUGCUCGAAAAUUCUUACAAGGAACUGAUAGCGCAGAUGUGUUUCAUAAUGCAAGUACCAGGUUUGCAGACGGAUACCGCUUUGGUUUAGGCGCCGAAGUUGGUAUUUCAACAGCUCGAAUUCAUGCUCGAGGUCCUGUUGGAGUUGAAGGUCUUUUAACCACUAAAUGGGUCUUGUAUGGGUCAGGAAAUACUGUCAGUGAUUUUAACGCGGGAAAAAUGAAGUAUUUACAUGAAGUACUUUCAAUAGAGUCUUAGAUUUAAAUUGGUCUAUAUCGAAAUCUUUUUUAAAAAAAAACAAAAGUACUGUCAUUUUAGCAUGGAAAGAACACAAUAGAAAAUAAAUUUUUAUAUCCUGAUAUUGUAAUAGGGAUUUUACCAAAAAUAUUUCAUGGCAUUUUAAAAGUGGUAUCUCUUGCAGAAUAAAAGCACUUUCAUUUUUA